UCUAUCCUACAUGUGACCCGCCAUUAGCUGCCAAUUUACGAGUCGAGCCUCGCGUUUAGAUUCUUCUCCUUCGUCAUCGAGCACCGGCGACGAUCUCCGCCGCGACCUCACAGGAAUCAUUAGAAUGUCUAAGAAGGUCGUCAGCAUCGCCGCUGGCGAAGCCCAUACGCUCGCUCUCACUGGAGAUGGUAGCGUAUUUUCAUGGGGAAGAGGCACUUUUGGCCGACUAGGUACAGGGAAUGACACGGACGAGCUUUCUCCUGUGCGCGUCUCAUUCGCGAGAAGUGACGGAAAAGGGGAAGCUAAGUUUGUUGGAGUUGCCGCCGGUGCUUACCAUAGUCUCGCACUGCAAGAUGAUGGUUCAGUUUGGUCCUGGGGUUACAACAUCUAUGGCCAGCUUGGUCAUGGUGAGGAGAAUUCUUCAGUACCGAAAGUCAUAGAGCAGUUCAAGGAGUUGGGUGCAACAAACUCCCUUUCAAGGGAACAAAAUGCAGGCGGUCAAACUACUUUCUUGAAGGUUUCUUCAAUCAAAGCUGGAGGAAUGAUGUCACUUGCCAUUGAUAACCUUGGAGCUCUGUGGAUAUGGGGCAACAGCCCUCAGCCUGGUAGCACAGAUGAAGAGGUUUUCAGCCUAGUGAGCAGCUCUUCUCCUUUACCUGUCUGGGACUUCCAUGGCCAUACGGUCGUCAAAGUGGCCUGCGGGAACGAACAUGUUGUCGCUGCUGUCAGUGUUGGUGAGAAUUUCAGCGGCGCUGAUCUCAUGUGCUAUGCGUGGGGCAACAACAACCAUGGACAGCUUGGUUUAGGGGACAAGGAGGCCAGGGCUCGCCCACAGUCCAUCUCAACAUUUGGAGAAGAUUCCCCUUGGGCUAUCUAUGAGAUCUCUUGUGGAGCCUUCCACACUGCAAUUCUCACACAUAAGAAGUCAUAUGACCAGGAGAUUGAAUCCAGGUGCUGGACAUUUGGACUUGGUGAGAAUGGGCAACUUGGUCAUGGAAAUACCAUGAGCACAUCAUUGCCAGAGCCGGUCAAUGGAUUGCCUCGGGAGACCAUUCUGAUUUCUCUUGAUUGUGGUCUAUUCCACACAUUGGUGCUCUCCGCUAGCGGAGAUGUCUGGUCGUGGGGAAUGGAGAAGGGUCUUGGCUUGUGUCCCGGUGCUGGCUUGGCAGGAGAUGAUGCUGGUGAUGCUCUCUUCCCUGUAAAGCUUCAUUGCAGCGAGGCACCUGGAGGUCUAUUUCCUUUGCCUGUGCAGGUGGCAUGUGGUGCUGCACAUACUGUUUUAGUUGCAGGUGAUGGUGAUAAGCUCUGGGCUUGGGGAAGGGGAAGGAGUGGUGUACUUGGGAGAGGCCACACUGCUGAUAGCUUUGUACCAGCUCCAUUGAUGUGGCCAUCAUCUGAAGCAGGCUUAAAGAAAGAAGUACAGAACCAGAGAAACUAUGAAAUUAAGCCAAGCAUUCAUCGGAGUGGGAGUAGUUCCGAGUCAGCAACUGAUCGGAAAUUAUCUGAUGCUAUGGAGGAAUUGAGUCUUCUUCGCGAGAAGCAUGCACUUAUGGAGCGGUAUGCUACUGUGCUCCAUGUCUCGAUCUUUAGGAAAUCACUUGAUCAGAGGAACUUGCCGCAGUCAUUGUAUGAUUCUGAAGUGUUUGAUAUCAAAAGAGAGUUGGAAAAUGUGAUGGAGGCAGCUGACACAGAAGAGCUUGCCAGGCUGCAGAUGUUCUAUGAGGGCAUGCUUGCUGCUGUAAAGGACAAGUUGUUGAAGCGAAGGAUAAAGGAGUUUGUGAAGGAGCAUAUUCUUUCACUUUCCUUGGGGAGGCAACCAUGAUCAUUUUAGUCAGGUGACUGUACAUGUGAAGUCUGUGUGUGGGAAUAAGCUGCCAAAGCAUUUGCAGAUGUGAAGCACUGUGAGUUUGAUCGUUGGGUGGAUGAGUCUUGAUUUAGUAGUUUGUAUGAUUGAUGUAUGGUACUAUUAUUUUAAUAAAAGAUUAUAAGAGAAGUGCAACCGACGUGCUCGAACGUAAUGCUUAGCACAUUCGUUGGAAAUAAAUGGAGUGUCAUUUUGUCCAAUGAAAAAAAUUGUAACGGAUGCUUCUUGAGGGUAUUUGAAAUAAGAUUUAA